UGAGGAUUACUCCAAAGUUGUUCGCUGCCUCCAGUACAUCAUAUACAGCUGCGAUGAUAACAGGAGUAUACCCAUUGCGGCCUACAGUACAUCGGAUAACUCGCAGCAGUUGAAUGCAACAUGUUCGUUUCUAUCAAGUAGUCCUGUCGCCUGUGUAUACUCUUUAUUUACUCAACUUAAUGAGUGUUCACGACAAGCCGUGCAAGAAUUUGGUGGAAGUGAAACAGAUACGUGUUUGAUGCAGGCUAAGACUGAUGCUUGUUCAUAUCCACUGCUGCGGUUAUGUGGCGAUGCUGCAGUACGCAUCUACGAAGAUCAAACGAGGAAUGAUACCGGCUGUAAAAAUGAACCAGAUACAACAGUUGAACUCUCAAAUGGACAUACGCACCGCGUGGACUGUUCAACGACUAAAGGGAUACAGGACGGAGCUCUUGACUGCUUAUUGUACCAUGGUAUUUACCUUGAAGUGCCUCAGUUGUCAUCACCAGAAGAAACAACGGAUUACAUACUGAAACGUCUCACAGUGUCCCGAUAUAGAGACAUGUGCAGCAACAUGUCAGCCUACCAUAACGCUGUCAGCUGUACCCUUGCUGUCCUGACACAGUGCAGUCCGUCCAAGCGACACCUGUUUGCUGACCCCUAUUCUACCACUCUCGGAAUGACCUCAUUUUGCGAACACAAGGAUUUUGAUAAAUUUGCCUCCGGUUGUGUGAUGAACGCCGACCAGAGCACCUGUGAGAAAUGGAUGGUUAAUUCCAGCACGCCCGAGCAAAUGUGCAGUAUCAUCCAAACCUUCACCGACUGCAUGAAAGCCUCUGUGGAAUCCUGUGGUCCAAGCACUGCUGAACUGUACACGCACCUGCUGUCAUCCCAGGUCCCCGCCCCCUGUGUGCAGGGGGGAAGGACGACCACACCCAUCCCUAAGAGCCGGGCUGGCAAACGUGUGGCUUCAAUGUUAAUGACAGUACUCGCAUUUAUAUAUUCGAGAGUUGGAGUAUCUCAGGGGUGAAACCCGAACAACCUGAAUGUGGACUUUCUUUUGUUCUAUUUUCUUUUAGUUUCUUAAAAUACGUUACAAACUCAACACAUACAAAUUUGACAACGGUU